GUCAGCUGUCGAUCUGUUGUGUCGGUAGGCAAAUUGCAGGGGAUCCAGUUUGGGUGGUAGCAAGCUGCAAAUAUGAUCCUUGACCAGCGCCUCAAAGCAUUUGCUUAUUAUUGAGAUCUUUGUCACAUCUAAAUAAAAGUCCUCCAGCUGAACUAAAUCCAACAUGCAGAACGACGCAGGAGAAUUUGUUGAUCUUUAUGUUCCACGCAAAUGCUCUGCUAGCAACAGAAUUAUUGGUGCUAAGGACCAUGCCUCUAUUCAAAUCAACCUUGCUGAGGUGGAUAAAGUAACUGGGAGAUUCAAUGGGCAACACAAAACCUAUGCCAUCUGUGGAGCUAUUCGUAGGAUGGGUGAAUCAGAUGAUUGUAUCCUAAGGCUAGCAAAGAACGACGGGAUUGUGGCCAAGGCUGUCUAACAAGCAGAAGACGUAUUCGGGAAGGCUGAUGUUUGUAUAGAAAUAAAAAUAAACAAAACUCUGGUCAUUGUCCUUUACAAUAA